AAAACAUCAAACGCUCCAACAACCCAACUGCACCUCGCAGCAAUUCAACGGCUACGAGAGGGGCGCGCAUUCAAGUCGGGAGGUAAAACCAAACUGAUACGAAUACAAUGUCCGCGAUGAUGACGUGUCUCAAUCUGGUCUCCCCUGCAUAAAGUCGCGAUCAAAAACUCGCAGGCGUGGCCUCAUUAUUGCCUUUCCCCAUUUCCAGUCGUUCCACCUUUAGCAUUCGAGAAUCUUCCACAGUCGCACUCUCUCACUCUCUGUCUACUGCUUCUCCAUCGGGGGAGACGAAAGUCAAUAAUAGCACAAGGGUUCUCACGAGGAGAUUACGAGUCACCUCUGCAUCUAUGGCCGGUCUGCCUCCCAAGCCCACCGUCCUCGUCACUGGAGCUGGUGGCAGAACUGGUUCUAUUGUUUAUAAGAAACUGAAAGAGAGGUCAGACCAGUUCACUGCAAAGGGUUUGGUCCGGACGCCAGAGAGUAAGGACAAAAUCGGGGGAGCUGAGGAUGUCUAUGUCGGGGAUAUAAGGGAUGCUGACAGCAUAGCUCCGGCUAUUCAGGGAAUUGAUGCGCUCAUAAUUCUGACUAGUGCUGUGCCAAAGAUGAAACCCGGGUUUGAUCCGUCCAAAGGUGAAAGGCCCGAGUUCUACUUCGAAGAAGGUUGCUUUCCAGAACAGGUUGACUGGAUAGGGCAGAAGAAUCAAAUUGAUGCCGCCAAGGCUGCUGGAGUGAAGCAAGUUGUGCUGGUUGGUUCUAUGGGCGGGACAAACUUAAAUCACCCAUUGGCCAACCAUUUACGUGGAGGCUAGAGGCAUAUAAGCAGACUAACUUAGUAAAACCCUAAUCCCCUAGUUACCCUAAGCGCCGCUCAAACCUUCUCUCCCUCCCUCUCGUAUAUUCUCUGUGAUUUGAACGAAAGAGGAAGUAACCUCCGAAAAUAUCGUCCCUUUCUUCCUUCUGAAAUCCAAAACUCUCCUCCAUCGAUUAAAUUCCUUCUUCUUUCUAAGAGGCAGAUCAAGGAUAAUCCUGUGUCUCUAAUUCCACCUCGGAAUCAGGCUAGAUCCCGGCCUAAAAAAUGCCAUCAGAGCGUCAAUCAGCCUCCAAAUCGACGGUAAAACGAAGGAAUCGAAAUACUAUCCUUCUUCUCUCUCUCUCUCUUCUUCUCUUCAAUCGCCGAACACAAGAAACUACUCAGAUUUCCUCAGAUUGACCAGAGAAAAUGACGAUCUAGAUAAGGGAGAAGGAAAGAGGUCGUCGGGGGUGACUUGAUCGAGGGACAAACAAUGGUUUGGAAAAAGGCCAGAUCUGGCUGAGGUUUCUCCCUACUCCUCUGAUUUUGAUUUCGAUUAACCUGUGGUGGAUCUAAUUAGAUUAGAGAAUUUGUGAUUGAUGGUCCUAAGUUUGGGAUUGGGGUCUGGCGUUUGUGGGUGAUUUGGAUAUGAAUUUAUGACUUUGAGAUUAGGGGAUAAUGGUUGUGUUCGUCUGAAUCUGGCGUUUGAGGGUUUUUUUUGUGGGAUUUUGUGGUGAAUCAAUGGUUUGCGAGUUUAGAGGGUUGGGGAUGAUGUGGUGAAUUUGGUUAUUUCUUAUUAUUGUCGGGUCCAAAACUGACGAAAUGAACAUCAGAUUAAACUUGACAUCGUCUCAUUAUUGUCGGG